UGAGGAUGAAUUCGGGCGACCUGAGCCUCGAAGAGGUCGGGAACCUCGAGGACCAAGAGCUCCUCGCGCUCGCCCGCCUCGACGCGCAAUGCACGGCGCUCCAGGAGGCAGGCAACUACACCCAGGCGCUCGAGGUCAUGGAGAAGGGCCUCAUUUUGCGGCAACAUUUCUUUGGCUCGGACAGCGACCAAGUCCGCGCCGCGUGCAAAACCGUGGGCGACCUCUGCAACCUCCUCGCCAUGACGUUCCUCCAACAAGAAAACUUCCCCAUCGUCCUUGAGCUCCUCAAGAAGGCCGAAAUCCUCACGGAGACCAACCCUGCGGGCCGCGCCGUCACGCUCAACAACCUCGCCUGCUACCACCGGCGGCUCGGCCACCUCCAGAAAGCGCUGAACCAUCUCAACGAGGCGCUCGCGAUCGAGGCGACGCUCCUCGACGUGCCAAACCGUGCCGAUACGCACCUCAACAUGUGCGCAGUUCUCUCGCAGCUCGGCCGGCACCAAGGCGCGCUCGAGCACGCGCAGUCGGCGCUCAUUUUGCUCCACGAAGAGCUUUUCUCGACCAACCAGAUCAACCUCGACGAGAAGCUGGAUCGCGUCGCAGUUCUUGGCAUCGCAUACCACAACGUGGGCGUCGAGCAAGAGUUCCUCAAGAAGCCCGAGCUUAGUGUGCACUCGUACAAGAAGGGCGCGGACGUCACGGCGCAGCACCUCGGCGAGACGCACGGUAUCGUCGUGACGCUUCGCAACUCGCUGCUCACGGCGCAGCGGUCCGUCGGGAGGAAGCAAACGAAGGGCCAGGACGGGAUCUCUCGUUUCGCCAAGAUCAAGAACCACUUGCGCACAAAGCUCAAGCGGCGACAUCCCUCGCGCGUCGCCACGGACGGGUAAUGAGUAUCGCAGGUGCAGUGGGUAUAUAGUUAUUCAAUAGAGGAUCGUACAGAGAAC